AAGUGUUUAAUUAUACAGUAGGCAGUGAAUAUUCUUGUUCCAAAGUGUACUGGAUAAAUCGAAAUUUUAGUUGUAAAUAAAAUGUUAUCAUAUUUUAAUAUCGAUGGAGGUCAAUGCCUCUGUUAAUUAUAGGAAUCUGUAUUUAUCCAAGGGAAAAAAGUGGAGUAGAUACUUCCAGUCCAAACAACAACAGGGACAGACAUUUCAAGUUUAUACAUGGUAAAAGUGAGAUGAAAGUGGAUGCAGCAAGUCACAGUGUCAGCCAACAUCGUGAAACUCCUGGAAAGCCAAAGUUUGAAGAAAAUAAGCAGAUUAAUGAAUUGCCCAGACCUGGUCCUUCAGCUAUUCAACAGCCCCAGGACAGCCAGACCAGUAACAGGCCACAUGUGUGUGACGUAUGUGGGAAGGGCUUUCUGCUGCGAAGCAAUCUCAAGCAGCACAUGUUGGUGCACACAGGCAUUAAACCCCAUGUAUGUUCAGAAUGUGGAAAGGGCUUCACACAACUCAGCAAUCUCAAGACACACUCCAUAGUGCACACAGGAGAAAAGCCACAUGUAUGUGGGGUGUGUGGGAGAGCAUAC